AUGUCGACAUAUACAUCAAGGACACCGAGUAGUACCUCGACAUUAAAUCAUCCGGAAGAACCCCACGAGCCCAAACAAAAUCUCGAAGAGUCUCACGCAAGCCCAACCAGAGAACAUGCCUCGAAUCCCAUCGAUACAGAUCCACUAGAACUGCCUUACCGUACCCUCACCGAGGAUGCCGACAUGGCAGAAUACACAACCGAGACUGCCACUGGAACUCUUGCCCGCAAGGUGACAUCCAGAAAGACUGGCAAGACCGAAGACUACGAGCUUGUCACCUUCACUCCAGGUGACAUGGAGAACCCGAAGAACUGGAGCAAGGCAUACAAAUGGUGGUGUACAAUGGUCGUUGCAACGACCUGUUUCGCUGUCGCUUUCAAUAGCGCUGUGAUCACUGCCGACAUGAUCGGCGUUGAGAGGACCUUUGGAGUCAGUGAAGAAGUCGCCCUGCUCACCAUUACAGUCUUUGUUGUAGGUGAGACCUGGGGACGUCGUCCUGUAUACGCCAGUACUUUGUUGAUCGCGGUCAUCUUCGUCAUUCCCUGUGCUGUCGCUAAGAACAUCGGAACCUUGCUCGUCUGUCGUCUGAUCGAUGGUAUCGCCUUUUCAGCACCCAUGGUCCUUGUCGGUGGCACACUUGCCGAUCUCUGGAAGGCCGACGAAAGAGGCGUGCCCAUGGCUGCUUUCUCAGCAGCACCUUUUAUCGGCCCAGCCAUCGGACCAUUAGUUGGAGGCUUUACCUCUGAUCACCUCGGCUGGCGUUGGUUGUAUUGGUUGCAACUCAUAUUGUCCGGCUUCGUCUACAUUCUCAUCGUCUUCACGGUGCCAGAGACCUAUGCACCUAUCAUCUUGGCGAAGCGCGCAAAGAAGAUGAGAAAAGAGACAGGAGACAGCAGAUAUGUCAGCGAGUCUGAUCUCGACACAAGACCUGUGGCCGAACGAAUGCGUGUCUUCAUUCUUCGACCCUUCCAGCUUUUAUUCUGCGAGCUCAUUGUCUUCCUCAUUUCACUCUACAUGAGCGUUUUGUACGGGUUGCUGUACAUGUUCUUCGUUGCCUUUCCCAUCAUUUAUCAGGAAGGCAAAGGAUAUUCAGCCAGUACUACUGGUCUGAUGUUCAUUCNNCCCCUGGCGAUUGGCGUGAUCGCAAGUGCCUUCCUGGCACCUCUGAUCAACAGAGACUAUGCGAAGAGAUCAAUUAAGUUCCAGGGCAAGCCGCCAGCAGAGCAGCGUCUGAUACCAAUGAUGUGCAGUUGUUGGUUCAUUGCAAUCGGCAUGUUCAUCUUUGCCUGGACGUCAUAUCCCCGUCUCCAUUGGAUGGGUCCCGCAAUGGGCGGCUUCUGCAUCGGUUUCGGCUUCAUUCCCUGCUACAACAGCGCCAACAACUACCUCGUCGAUACAUAUCAACAUUCAGCUGCGUCUGCACUUGCAGCAAAGACAUUCAUUCGAAGCUUCUGGGGAGCUGGCGUCGUGUUGUUUACAGAACAAAUGUUCCACCGUCUCGGUUAUCAGUGGGCUGGAACUCUGAUGGCUUUUAUCGCUCUGGCUUGCUGUGCGAUCCCGUAUGGCUUUUACUUCUUCGGUGAUCGUAUCAGAAAAUUCUCCAAGUACGCGUAUGCUGGUGACGAGGAGAAUGGUGCUUCGAAGGAAAUAGAGGCGCACUAG